AUGUCCCAACUACUGGUUCAAUGUUUUGAGAUCACUGGUACGCAUGCAGACGUCUUCCGUUCCCUGCUGCAAGUUAGUGAUCCUGUCCGAAUCGGUUUGCUACUGAACUACCCCAUGGGGAUUGGGAGAGCGGCACUGGAACGCGAGCUCAUGCGUCACUUCACCUUCAAGAGAGCUAUAGCCCUAGAACCUGCGUGGCCACAGAACCCUGCAUUUGAUCGCAGCGCAUGGCUGGCGGCAAUGGAUGCGGAACUGAACCAGGGCCCAGCCGGUCUCUUCCAAAUGAUUCUACCAGGCCCAAUUGAUGGCUUCUAUGUGUUUGUGGUGCGCCAAAAGUUUGCCUCAUUGGCACAGGAAGUUCUCAAGAACCUGGCGGCCUUCCUUAUUUCUCACCUUGAGUUAUGGCAGGACCUGAAGUAUCAGAGGAAGACAUGCCGCACCUGGCUCUGCUUGGACCACUAUAAUCGAACGAUUGCGAGGUUGGAAGGUAGACCUCUCCCAUUGCCUACUCCUGCACUGAAGUCUACACCCCAGUCAGCAACCAACCCUCCUACGGAGUCUCCAGCUCGGGCAAAACUUUCUGCAUCUGAACAGCGGUCCCGUCACGCAAGGUUGCGGAGUUUGACAGUAGGCCGAGGUCAAAAUCUACGCAACCAACACACAUCCAGCCAGGUGGCCCACUCCUUGCUGGAUGCUUAUUUAAACUCUCUCCCUCCCGGUAACUACUUCAGUGAUGACUCACACCAGAAGUCUCCUCGCGUUACCCGGUACCUUUUUCAAAAUGUUCAGGGUCUUCCAUUUCCUAUGACACAUGAGAAACAGAAAGGGCACUUCAAGCGUUGGACGGAUGAGAGAGUGGGCAUUGCACUGCUGGCUGAAGUUAACCUUCAAUGGUCAGCAGUGCCCAUAGGACACAAGUGGUUUGAUCGGGUCAAGACCUUCACUUACCAGGGACAUUUCUCUUCAGUGUCUUACUACAAACACCAGGAGAUUCCAACUCCCUCGGCGCAUCAAUGGGGCGGAUGUUCUGCUACAUUACUCCACAAGGUCGUGCGCCAUGCAAAGUCAGGCGGCAAAGAUGAGUCAGGGCUAGGCAGGUUCUCUUGGAUCAAGAUCUGGGGCAGGGACAUCCGACAACAGGAGUCCCAGACUGAUGGGCCCCCGGCUGGUCCUUUAGAUCUUGUGGUGGUCUCUGCAUAUCGUCCGAACAAGGAAGGUACCAAUGCUGGUUGUGUUUGGAACUACCAACAGAAUCACUGGCUGAGCAAGGGGGUGACUAUGGAUCCCCGUGACAAGCUCACACUGGAUUUGGUGGACCUGAUCAAACAAUGGAAAGCGGAAGGGUGCAAGAUUCUCCUUGGGUUAGAUGCAAACGAAGAUGUCUCCUACAACUCUCCCUCUUCCUUCCGCCAAGAGAUGCGGUCUGAAGGCCUGACCGAGGCCAUCUUACGCCGACAUCAGGGCCCUUACCCAGCGACAACCCAAAGUCGGACGACGGAUACUCCCAUCGAUGGUAUAUUUGUGACCAACGGCGUCCGUGUAACGGCAGGUGGAUACUUGGACUUUCAGCAGUAUUUUAAGUCGGACCACAGGGGACUCUGGACUCUGGGGGCUCCACCUGUGACCUCUCCUUCCUUCCAACCACGUCGGUUGACACUGGCUGAUGGUCGGUCUGUGGACCGCUAUAUUAAGGCUGCGGAAGCGGGCUACUGGCAUUUCCGCCUUCCCCAACGCUUGACCCAAUUAGCAGAGGAUAUUUUGGUCCGGGACGGUUACCUUACGGCGAAUCAGCAAGCUCAAUUCAACACCAUUCAUUGCCAAGCCUAUGAGAUUUGCCGAAGGGCUGAGCGCAACUGCCGGAAACUGUCGAUGGAUAAGGCAAAGUGGUACCUUGAACAUCAAGCCUACAAAGAGGCCAAGCGGAAGCGUGCCCAUCAGUGGCGCCUUGAAUAUCUGGAGAACCGAUCGGCAGCGGUCCGGAGAGCAAAGAAGGGCAACAUCAAAGCUCGCAUCAGACUCAAGUCCAGCGGAUGGCACAAAAAAGAAGAGACCCGAUGGCGACGGAAAGCUCAAGGCAAAGGCUUCUCUGGCGGCCUCCAGCAGAUCAAAGUGACCCAGGUGGCACAGGAUGGUACCUCCCAUUGGGUAACAUGCCAGUCUAAACGUCUUGUGGAAGAAGGCUGCAUGCAAGAGAACCGGCUCCGGUGUGACCAGACCCGCUACCCCUACCCCACUCCACCCAUGACUGCACAUUUGUACUCCAACUUCAAUGGCCCCAAUGCCAAAAGGAACAGCCAAGCACUGCUCCGGGGUCUUUAUGAGACAGCGGAUCCUUACCUGGUGUCAUUCCUGGACCAUUGCCGACGGGCGGAGGGCUUGGAAGACCAGCCACUGGAAGUGGACCUGGAGGACCAUGUAAGCUUCUGGCAAACCAGGCAAGAUUCGGGUGGACCUCAUGCACACAAUCCAAAUGAUGAAUUCAGAGCUGCAGGCCAACAACAAGAGAGUGGGGAAAUCGGCCAUUGCCUAUGCAGAGCAGCACAACUUGAUCCCAAAAGGACAACAUGGGCCAUCGAUCUGGCCCUUACAAAGCGUCUCACUUGGGACGACCUCUUGCAUCUUCAACGCCGCCCGGCCGGGUGGAUCUCCAACGAUGCCACGUCCUGCUUUGACCAGAUUGUCCACUGGGUGGCAAUCAUUAGCCUCAUGCGCUUUGGGAUUCAAUGGCGUACCCUUCGCUCCAUGUUUGAUACACUGAUGAAGUCUAAGCAACGGGUGCGUACGGGGUUUGGCAAUUCAGAUCGUGUCUUUACUCCUCCGACCCUGAUUCCAUUUCAAGGAUAUGGACAAGGCAAUGGGGCAAGACCUCCUAUCUGGGUUGCAAUUAGCUCCAUUCGCUUGGGGAUGAUGAUUAGAAAAGGCUUUGGCUUUGACUUUCUGAUGUCAAUCUCUUGGGCUCUGCUCUUGGCCGAUUGCUUUUGUUUUGUCGAUGACACUGAUAUCUGCCCAGCGGCACUUCCCACUUGA